AUGUUCUCCUUCCCCAACGUGAAGCCAAUCUGGAUCCGUUACCUGGAACGGUUCGUGGAGCGGUACGGAGGGUCCAAGCUGGAGAGGGCGCGGGACUUGUUCGAGCAGGCAGUGGAGAAGGUCCCCGAGAAGGACGCCGGGGACCUGUACAUCCGGUACGCCAAGCUCGAGGAGACCCACGGCCUCAUGCGCCACGCGGCCUCGGUCUUGGACCGCGCGUGUGCCGCCGUGGAGGAGUCGGAGAGGCUAGAUAUGUUCCGCCUCUACGUUGCCAAGGUGGAGUCCUGGUACGGCGUGACCCAAACCCGGCAAGUCUACGAGAAGGCCAUCAAGGAUCUGAACGAGGAAGGGGCUAGGGAGAUGUGCUUGUCGUUCGCGGCGGUGGAGCAGAAGCUGGGAGAAAUCGAUAGGGCCAGGGCCGUCUGGACGUACGGCAGCCAGUUCGCGGAUCCGAGGAGGGCCGAGCCCUACUGGCAGGCGUGGCACGAGUUCGAGGUGGCCCACGGCAACGAGGAGACCUUCCGGGAGAUGCUGAGAACGAAACUCUCGGUGCAAAUGUCGUUCAGUCAGGUGAACUACAUGGCGGCCGAGAUGAUGUCGGCGGAUCUCCCAGUGACGUCGGACGCGGACGCGAUGGCCAAGCAGAGGGCGAAGGAGGCCGAGCUGGCCGGGGGGGGCACCAUGCUCGCCUCCGGGAGCACCAAGCGGAAAGCGGACCAGGGGGGGUCGGGUCAGACCAACAUGGAAGCCCUGGAGAGGCAGGCGGACAAGAUUCGCGCUGCCAAGGCACAGGGUGCGGCGGGAGCGGCGGGCAGCGCGGUGGAGGCGAACCCCGAAGAGAUCGACCUCGAUAUGGACAUGGACGAUGCGGCGGAGGAACCGGCGGCCCCGGGCGGCGAGGGUGGGAGCAACCGAGAAGAAGACGCGAGCCAAGGGGGCGCCGCAGAGGAGAAGGAGGGGGGAGGGGGGGAGGACGCUGACGGCGGCGACGACAACGGAGACAUCCGGAUCACCCAGAAGGAGGUCCCGAGCGCCGUGUUUGGCAGCGCAAAGGAGGCGUUGGCGAAAGAAAAGGCGGCGGCGGCGGCGGCGGGCAAAGGGAAGGGGGGUGGGAUGGGCGCGCUGCAGCGGCUGAAGGUGGCGGGCGGCGGCGGCGGCCUGGGGAGCAAGUAGCACCUCUCUCUCUUGCGCUUUCAUAGAGGAGCCCGCGAGUGUAGUGGGUGCUAUUUUUCUUUCUUCUCACGACGACAGUAUAAUGGUAUAAUGGUAAAUAGGUUUACUCCAGUUGUGUGGCACGGAACUAUCCGGGGGGCCCGAGUCGGGAUGGCGGGGAGAGGGUGGCGGUGGAGUGGAGGUAUGUCAACUGCGUGGGGGAAAUAAAUAGGAGCGAUGGUGGCAGCCGUAACUAACAGCAGUGCGCGUGAGGUCAGUUUGUGUCGGCUCUUGGUUUGUGUGUUCUCGACAGCGGCAACGGACGAAAGAUUCUCGAGACGAAAGGUCGUUCGGUGCGCUUUAGAUCGAAAAACCCGCCGUGAGCGCGAUCUACCCACGGCGUCUUGGUAACUGUUAUUUGGGAAGAUUGAUUGACUGCGAUCCGAUCCAAAAUGAUCAUUUUUGCUAGAACCGGUCGCUAUAUGUCGGCAGUACAUGGAACCGCCUGCGUUUUGUCUCCGAGGCGGAUGUUAUAACCCGUAACAUGCGGGGUACAUGUCCAUCGCAUGUGGCGUCGUCCUUGCGGUGUUGGGAAAGGCGGGAUGGGAUUGCGGCCACUAAGACGCACGCAGCCGGUCACCCAGCCGACGAAGGAAACAUGAGAUUGUUUGUUUUCUCCUCGGACUAUGUUUUCUUGUUGCGCUGGAUAUGCUCGGGACUUUUUCAUCACUGCGGCUGUUGUCUGCUGGGUGGGAGGCUGCUGUAUGGUCUUCGUCGGUGAACAUACCAGGCCCUGGAAGGCUUCUAAUACCAGAGUGUUGUUGGUGAUGGUGGUCGUCGUCGCGGGUAGUUAUGAUGGAAAACGUUGUUGAGCA